ACGGCGAUCCCUCGAACGGUGAACUGCCCUCUGCCUUUUGCGUCUUUCCUUUCCCCCCCACGGUAUACCACAGUUCUGUUCAAAUCUCCCAUCCGUGCAGGGCCACGCAUUGCCUCUACGCACCCGGUCGACUGAUCGCGGCCUUCCCUGUUUACUCCCGAGUCAACUUUGCUCGUGUUGCGAUCCUCGACCUUGUUUACCGGCCACGAGAGCCCAGUCCAUCAGCAGAAACCGUCUCGCGCGCAUCGCCUUGCGCUCCUCGCCGCAGAAAUGGCCUCCCUCGGAGAGGAGCUCCUCAGCAUCGUAAAUAGGCUGCAGGAUUUGGUCUUCAACACCAUCGGAAACGAUUCCCUGGAUCUGCCGCAGAUUGUUGUGGUCGGCUCCCAAUCCUCUGGAAAGUCGUCGGUACUCGAAAACAUCGUUGGCCGGGAUUUCCUUCCUCGAGGGAGCGGCAUCGUUACCCGCCGCCCUUUGAUCCUCCAGCUCAUCAACAUCCCCAGCGACCGCGACGACCAGCCCGACGACCACGAAGUACACAUCCCGCAUACUCCGGCAAGUGUAGCCGGCCAGCAAGAAUGGGCCGAAUUCCACCACAUCCCAGGGCGUCGAUUUUAUGACUUUUCCGAGGUCAAGCGCGAGAUCGAAGCAGAGACUGCGAGGAUAGCAGGGAACAACAAAGGUAUCAACAGGCAGCCCAUCAACCUGAAAAUCUACUCCCCCCAUGUUCUCAGCUUGACGCUGGUGGAUCUGCCUGGUUUGACCAAGGUUCCUAUCGGCGACCAACCCACCGAUAUCGAAAAGCAGACGCGGAACCUCAUAUCCGAGUAUAUUGCCAAACCAAACAGUAUCAUCCUGGCUGUUUCGCCCGCAAAUGUCGACCUUGUCAACUCGGAAGCACUCAAACUGGCGAGACAAGUGGAUCCCAUGGGCAAAAGAACCAUAGGAGUUCUCACAAAGCUGGACCUCAUGGACCACGGCACGAACGCUCUUGAUAUUCUUUCCGGUCGCGUGUAUCCGCUAAAAUUGGGAUUCAUUGGCAUUGUCAAUCGAUCGCAACAGGAUAUCCAAGGUAACAAGUCGCUGGCGGAGGCAUUAGCUGCCGAACGGGACUUCUUCCGGCAUCACCCAGCCUACAGGAAUAUGGCGAACCGAUGCGGAACCCAGUUUUUGGCGAAAAGCUUGAAUCAAACGUUAAUGGCUCACAUCCGGGACCGCUUGCCAGACAUCAAGGCCCGAUUGAACACGCUCAUGGGUCAAACCCAGCAAGAGUUGGCAAGCUACGGCGACGUUGCGUUCACCGGAAAAGAACACAGGGGCUCGCUCAUCCUACAGUUGAUGACGCGCUUCGCCUCAUCCUUCAUAUCUUCGAUUGAUGGUACCUCGGCUGAGAUCUCCACCAAGGAGUUGUGCGGUGGUGCCAGGAUCUACUACAUAUUCAACUCAGUGUUCGGAAACUCCUUGGAGCAGGUCGACCCCACUUCGAAUCUCUCCGUGCUUGACAUCAGAACUGCCAUCCGGAACUCUACAGGUCCGCGUCCCAGCCUUUUCGUCCCCGAACUUGCCUUCGAUCUCCUUGUAAAGCCUCAGAUCAAGUUGCUUGAGAUUCCGAGCCAGCGUUGCGUGGAAUUGGUGUACGAGGAGCUCAUCAAGAUAUGCCACACUUGCGGUUCGACUGAGCUGAGCAGGUACCCCCGUCUCCAGGCGAAGCUUAUCGAGGUUGUUUCCGACCUUUUGCGCGAGCAACUCGGCCCGUGCUCUCACUACGUAGCCUCCUUGAUCGAUAUCCAGCGGGCUUACAUCAACACUAACCACCCAAAUUUCUUGGGUGCUGCGGCCGCCAUGUCUUCAGUGAUUAAUGACAAACAGGAACGAGAAAAGAAGCUAGCUCAGGAGGCCGAACGUAAAAAACGCGAGAGGCGCAGAUUGAAGGAGCUCAACGGCGUCAACGGCACCCAGACUCCUGAAGGUGAUGAGGAGGCUGAAGUGCCUGCCGAAAAGCCACUACCAGUGCGUAAGCAUCAGAGCCAGGCUAGCCGCAGUAUGUCACCAGCAGUGGGACGUCUCAUGAACGGCUCUCACAAUCUCUCAGGGGCUUUUAGCACCAGCCGGGCUCGUUCCCCGCCACCUCUUGGAGGAAACGGCUCGGCACGUGACAGCUUCCUCAACUACUUUUUCGGCAAAGAUGGGAGCACACAGAUGAGCGCGGCCCCGACCGCAUCGGCUCUGGAUAACAGGCCAGGCAGCCGGCAUGUCAGCCAGAACAUUGAGCCUAGUUUCGCCCAGAGCAUCAGAAGGGGGGACACGAGGCAGCCUGCGCAUGUUCUGGAAAUGGUACCGGACGAUUAUGAACCUGUUAGCCCGGCUAAAGAAUACGAAGGAGGCUUUCCCUCUGAUGCAGAGUCAGCGCCUGCGCUCACCGAACGCGAGGCCCUCGAGACGGAGCUCAUCCGUCGCCUCAUCUCGUCCUAUUUCAACAUUGUGCGCGAAACCAUUGCCGACCAGGUGCCGAAGGCAGUCAUGCACCUACUCGUUAAUCACUCGAAGGACGUUGUCCAGAACCGGCUGGUGAGCGAGCUGUACAAGGAAGACUUGUUUGAGGAGUUGUUGUAUGAAGAUGAUACGAUCAAGGCCGAACGGGAGAAGUGCGAGAAGUUGCUCAAGACGUACAAAGAGGCGGCUAAGAUUGUGGGCGAAGUGCUCUAGGCGUUCCUUCACAUACCCCUGUAAGGCAUUUUCCAUUCUCCCAAUGUAGGUUCUAACUGUAUUGCUAUCGAAAUGGUGAAGGCUUGGAGGCAAUGGGGAGAGUUCUCGAGCCACUGCGGUAUCCUUGACGGCUAUGGUGUGUCCCGCUCACGGCGUUGCGGGGGUUUGGCGGCUCGUUACGGCCGGAUGCAUACUAGGUGUGUAUCCUUUCCUUCAAGUGGGAAGGGUGCUUUUCCAAGGUGGUUUAGAGCAUGUUGUCUGUUGGUUUGGCAACGCGGAUUGCGUAGAGGGAGCUAUCUCAGCUUUGUAUAGUGAUCAUGUAUGUAUUCGAACGUAACCCAUCAAGCAGAAAUCUAUAUUGUACAAUACGUACACAC